AUGGAUGAGUUAAAGUCUUCAUUACGAACUUUACCGAGGCCUGUUGUAGGAAUGGAUAUUAAGUAUGUGCCAAACCACCGACCAUCACAUAGUAGUGCCAAAUUGCUUAUUCUUUACGCUGGAACUCGUUGCUUGAUCAUCCAGUUAUGCUACUCGGGUAAAUAUGCUGAGUUUCUCAACUCGUUUUUGGCCAAUGAGACUAUUUGUUUUGUGGGUACAGGAAUGAGAAACAUGGUUAAUGUUUUAAAAUUGUAUGCUGGUAAUUGGCUUGGCGGUGCAGGACUCGGUCAUUUGGCUGCUAGGAUUCUGAAAAAACCCAACAUUGAAAGGCAUGGAUUACAGGAUUUGGCAGGUUUAGUUGCAGUGGAUAUAAAGCAACCAAUUGGCCAAUGCCCUAACUGGAAUGCUACAGUGUUCUCACAUGAAGAGAUCAAUGAGAGCCUGUGUCUUAGCAAUAUAUUUUCUCAGUAA